AAAGCGCCUGUGUAACAAGCACAACUUUGAUGUCAAUUUCAAACUGAGUUCAUCGCAUCACCGCUCGUUGCGUCUACAGAUGCAUAUAAUAUCAGCAGCAUAUCAAUACUAGCGUUGGUCACCGCGCUAUAGCUUGUAUACCGACAGACACGAUGAGACAAGAGAAUGUCGUAGGUGGCGAGCCCCAGGCGAAGCGUCCCAAGCCCUCUCUUGUCGGCAGCCGCUCAGGCAAAGCUGGUGUUGCACUGCAAGACUCGCGUCCCGUCAAAGUCGGCGAAACAGCGACCGCCGUGCACGGCCAGGUGGUGGGAACAGGUGCAGCCGCCUGUGCCGUCACCCCAACCGCGGCUGUGGUGCUGGUCGAUUCUUCUGUGCGGGGACACAACGCGCGGCGGAGCCUGGCUCAAAAUGUUGCGCAGAAGAGCGGCGGCAGCUUCGUUGUCGUGGCGGCGGGCUCUGCCGAGCAGUACCUGCAACAGCAGCAGCGGGCGGCGCCAGCCGGCACCGGCGCCAUCGCACACGUCGGCCGCGACGGCGCUGCCAAACCUUCUGCUCCCGCCGCAGCUCCCAUCCACCCCCCAGUCACCCACCUGGUGCUGGGCGGCGCCACCCUGGCCUCAGCGGCAGCGGCGGCGGCGGCGCGGCGGCGGCUGGGGCCGGCUCUGGAGGCGUGGGGCCCGAGCUGUGUGCUGCUAGAUGAGGCAUGGCUGACUCAGCUCAUCAGCAGCCGCCAGCUUCCGCCCACUGCCGGCUUUGUGCUGCGGAAUCUGCAACACGCAACGGCACCAGCGGCGGCUGCGACGGCGGUUGCGAGGGUGGCGGCGAUAGCAAGGGUCGGCGCGCCGGCGGCUGCCACGGGACUCGGCGCCGGCGUUGCUCCAGCAGAUGCACGCCCAGCGGCCACCGCCCCAACCGCCGCUGCCAACUGCACCGCCGCUGCCACUGCCACUGCCACGACCGGCGCCGCGGCCGGCGUCACGGGCGUUGCGUCUGCAGCUCCGCUCGCGGCGUCCGGGGCGGGGCCGCUGGCGCCUCGUGGGGCUGAGGGGCGCUUUGAGCGGUGGCUGGGCUGGUGGUCGCAGGAGCUGGAUGGCCUGGACGAGGUCGGCGUCAUCAUGCAGGCGCGCUUCAACGACGCACGCUGCGCCGCCAUCGGCAACGCGCACAUCACUGCGGGACUGCGAGAACUCAAGGCGUAUGAGCGGGCGGUGCAGGCCAAGGACGACGAAGUCGGCGUGCGGGCGCUCGCCUACGCCCGCGCCGCCGCCUCGGUGCAGGCGUGCGCUUUCCGCGUCACCCCCGACCUCAGCGAGCAGCGGGUCACGCAGCUGCUGCCCUUCGUGGAUGCCGCCUGCGCCGCCGCCAUCCGACAGCUGGCCGCCACAGGCGCCGCCGCCGCGGCGGCGGCCGGCGGGCCGCCGGUGCCGUGCACGCCGGCGACACCCUACACGCCGUCCUCGCCACCGGGUGUGCCUGCGCCUGAACGGGAACGGGAACGCGCGGGACAGCAGGCGCAGUGUGCGCAAGCACCGGGAGCGGCGGAGGCAGCAGCAGUGCCCGCUGCGACGCCGCCGCGCGGCGCGCCCGGCGCUACUGCUCCCGCCUUGCCAGCAGCCACUCCAGUAACGACAGCUGCAACAGCAGCAGCAACCGCCGCAGCAACCGCCGCAGCGGCUGCGGCGGCCGCCAUGGCUGGUGCCACGUGUGACCGACUGGAAUGCUUUCGCCGGGACCUGCCCGUCGCCAGCAGUCGCUGCGGCGUGCGGCCGCACACGGCGGGCGCGGCCACGAGGCGGGCGCUCACCAAGCUGCCGGGCGUGGGGCCCUCACUUGCCAAGAUAUGGUAUGACGCCGGCAUUCGCUCCUUGGCGGAGGCGGCGCGGCGGCUGGCGCCGGGUGCCGGUGGCGGCGGCCUGCCCGGCGGCCGGCCGCCCGCCGGACUGCAGUUUGCGCUGCGGCACUGGUCCGACCUCACCACGGACGUGACGGCGGCGGAGGCGGCGGAGAUGGUGGCGGCGGUGCACGAGGCCCUGGUGGCGGCGGCCUCGCCGCGCCACCUGCGCAAGGCCGCCGCUGAUGCGGGAGCGGGGGCGCAAGCCGCCGCUGCUGGCGCCGCCGCCGACGGAGCAGCGACAAGUGCUGCGGGCGCCGCGGGCGCACAGGUGGCGGCGGUGGGGGGCGGCGUGCGCGUGACGGCGCCGGGUGUGAGUGUGGGGCCCACGGGCUGGCAGGUGCACUGUGUGGGCGGCGGGCGGCGCGGGCGGCCCUCGCACGACCUGGACCUUAUGGUGUGCCACCCGGCGGUGGCCAGUGCGGAGCAGAUGUCUCAGCUGUUCGAGGCGACCCUGGGGCACCUGAUCGCAUCAGGCCGGAUGCUGCCGCGCGAGGGCAACCUGACACGGGUGCAGGUGCGCGCCAUGGCGGGCGUGCAGGCCAGGCUGCAGGCGGACCUAGCACGCAGCCGCAUGUCGGAUGACGCCGUGGCCAACCCGCGCAGCAUCAACGACGGGCUUGACCACGUGUUCGGCGUGUUCCGCACCGCCGCCGGCGCCCUCAAGCGACUGGACGUCAUCUGCGUGCUGCGGCCCUGGCUGCCGCACGCGCUCGUGGGCUGGUCUGGCUCGACCCAGUUCCUGCGCUUCCUGGGCCAGUGGGCCAACAGCCGCGGCCUACAUCGCAGCAACCACGCGUUGUAUGACCGCCGGACCCUGAAACCGGUGGAGGGAAUUGAGGACGAGGCGGACUUGUUUCGAGCGCUGGGGCUGCCGUAUCGGCCUGCUGAGGACAGGCAAUGCCCAUGAUGGCUACGCCCCCCCCC